AUGGUCGAGUUAAAUUGGAUGGUCGAAUACGUCACGUUCGCCGUCAUGCUCGGCCUUUCCACGGCCGUGGGACUGUACUACGGGUGCGUGGACGGAAAACAGAACACCGUCAGCGAGUACUUUUUGGGCGGCAAACGGAUGUCCGUAUUUCCCAUCACCAUGUCGCUGAUUGCUAGGUAGGUACGGCAAACCGCGAUCGCUGUUCAAUCUGUCGUAAGACACGAACUGUCUCGGAAAGUGUCAACUUUAACGUACAACAGUCUCUAUUUUCGGUAAAAAAAACGGAAUAAAAACGCGAUAAAAUUAAAAAUCAAAUCAUCAUAACCGAGUUUUUAGUUGCAUAAUGUUCGUAAUUUGAACUGUGAAAGCUACGUUUUAUACUUAAUUAAAAAGAGGAAAAAUUAGGUACAACAAAUUCACAACCCUAUUACCAUAUACCCCUAUACAUUUAGAUCUAAUAGUUUAUAGGUAUCAUAGCAUUUUGGUUGACAUAAAAUAAUAACUGCAACAAUAUUAUUAUAUUUCAAAUCAGUUCGAGCGAUGUGGGUUUUAGGAGGAAAUAGUGUUCAGUCGUAGUGGUAAAAUAUCAAAAUAUCAUUCCAAAGUAUUGUCGAUUUUUCUGAUAGAAAACUAAUACAAACGCACGUCAUAUAUUGUUAUACAUUUAUAUUACUUCCGGACUCAUGCACGUGAGUUUAUCGAAAUCGUAUGGGAAAACACGUAUAUUCGUAACACGAGGUCUCAGUAAAACUAUUUUGUACGGGAACUUACGUAAAUAGGUAUUUAUUUCUAGUAUUGUAUACUCGUGUGUAAUUUUACAUAUUUAACACUUGUCGUAUACCUAUCUUUCGAUGGUACACCUAUACCUAUUUUUGAGAACUCAAACGAACAUAGAUGAAUCGGCUACAGAUUAGAUUUGGAAUAAGGCUACGUAUUGUGGAUACUCAAUAAUAAACGAUAUUUCGCACUAGCUAUUCAAAACUUCUUUAUUACAAACAAAAAAAAAAACAUAUAAAAACGGGUCUCUCGAAAACAAUACGAAUACACACAUAUGUGUUUCGAUCGAAAACUCGCAUUGCCGCGUUACCGCGGUGCUCGCGUUUUUAAAUAUUAUUUACAAUAUACUGCUUAUUUGCUUCAUUGGCUUACACAACAUACUUAACCUACACAACCUAUAACACCUAACCUUACUCAAUAAAAAUAAAACGUUACAUCAAAGCGAAAACCUUUUCGUGUAGCGCUUUAUUAUUAUUGUUAAUUUUUAAUCGGACAAAUUUAUCACUUAUUUUACGUUGAUGAUUUAGAUUUGUAUUCGGUUUUCAAUAAAUUAUUUUUAUGUUUUUUAAUAUAAUGUACCUACACUGAAAAAUCAAUAUUUACAAGGUGUAACGCGAAGAUCUAAUUCCUGAAAUAACUCUUGUCAUGUUCAAUAUUUUAAACUUUUUGUUUCGUGUAAAGAAACUUUGAUAUUUCUGGAGUUAUGCCUUAUGAUCUAAUAUUUACAUAAUUUAUAUAUUUUUAAAACUAAAACUAAAAAAAUUAUUUUUACAAGAAUUAAGAGACGAAUUUUAUAAAUAUAUUUUGAAAUAAUAUUUUAGUGUUACAAAUAUUUAUUAAUGACAAAUCUUUGAGUUUCUAAAAUUUUUUGAAGUUUACAAAAAUGUCUAAUAAAAUUUUUUUUUCAUGGACAAGUUAACUAAUCGUUUAAUUUUAUUUAGUAUUUGCAAUAAAAUCAAUUAAAAUUAUAUUCAACUUCAAUAAAUUUAAGAAUAUCAACGAUUCAUAUAUAUACUAAUAUUUGGCUUAAAAUAUAUUUGUAAAAUGUAUCUUGGAUAAAUUUUGGGAUUUUUGAAAACAGUUUGUUUGAAAGGCAAAAUAUUAAUUUUUAGAUAAAAAAAAAAAAAAACUGUACAUUAGAGGAAUCAUAAUUUCAGAAUUACAAGAAAAAAUAAUUCAAAAUAUCAAACGUAUCAAAAGUUAUUUCAGUUGUCAGAUCUUCGUGUCACAGCCUGUAUGAUGUAUAUAAUAUCCUUAUCUCAACGUAAUAAUAUAAUAUAAUAGCAUUACAAAUUAUUCAUUUAAUUAUUGUGUUUAAUCUUAUUGAUGAUCGUAUAGUGACUAAUACAAAUUUAAUGUAUACCUUAUAAACUGUAAUAUAGUUAGUUUAAUUAAAAUGAUUAUACUAGAAUCGGGAGUAAAUAUAACAGAAUUCACAUUUUGAGCAUAUUUUCAAAAUUUUUAUUCUUCUGGAUCGCGUGCAUAGGCAAACCAACUUAAAUGUGACUCACCUAUUUUUAACACCAGAUUCUCAUUUUACUCAUUUUUUCAUAAAUAAAAAUAAAUAAAAAUAGGCGUUAGCGUUAAAAAAAAAUUUUUUUUUGCGUACGCAAGUAUGGUAACGAUUACAAUUGUGUAGAUAAUUGGAUAAUUACAAUUUUUUUUUUUUUAAUUCUUCCUUCUUCUAAAAUAAAAACACCAUUUCAAUCCAAGUCCAUCAGGAUAAAAUAUUUUCUAAAAUUGUGUACGUAUUAGAGCUGAUAUAAUUUAAUCGAGUAGAAAACAAAGAUGAAAAUAAUGUUUUGACACACUGCAGUCAAACAAAUUUACAAUAUCUUAGAUUAUAAAAUUAUGUUAAAAAAUAAAAAUAUUGUAAAGUUAUCGUGGAUGCCCUUUCAACCGUUCGUUAUAUAUAUUAUAAUCUGAUAAUACACCGCACAUAACACGUUUUGUACAAGUAUUAUUAUUAAAAUGUAUUAACUAGACUAUAAAAUAGAUGCAUCUUAUAUUGUAAAAAAAACGUUAUUAUAGUUUUUUUUAGUUUUUCGUAUUUGAUGAGAGAAUUCUUGAAAAAAAUCGAAAAAUGACCUCUUAAGGUACCUCUCCACAUCGAUUUCUUUUCAGUAAAGUUGCUACACGUAAAAAUUAGAGAAUUUCUUCUGAUAGAAAAGUUUUCCACAGAAAAAAAACACGUCUUUGUAAAACCAUAAGCUUCUUCGCUCCACUCAGAAUCUAAAAAAUGAACAUACUUCGCACAUAGGUGCAGCCAUUGUUGUAGAUGGGAAGUUGAGAAGGUAGGAUACAGAAGAAAAUUUAAUGUAUUCUUGAAAGCAAUGAAAAUCAUAACUAAAAAAAAAAAAAAACGAUUCUGAGCGGAGUUCAGUUGACAGUGAUACUUAAGUAUAGACUAUAAAAUAAAUAAUAUAAUAUAAAGAUUGAUAGUUAAAGAAUGUAUUGAAAUCUAAAUUCAUUUUAUUUUAAGAUAUCUCGGUCUAUAGCAUUGCUUUCUCAAAAAUGUAUGUUUCCAUGACAACAAUAACUGUUUACUAAAGAUAAAAAUAAUACAAAUUUAAUAUUAACAAAAAAUAAAUAGAAACGAUUGCCAAUGACAACCUUAUUUUUAAUAUUUCAAUCUUUUUUAACCUAUAAAACCAGGUUUUCUUCACUUCGAAUAUUAACGAGAAUUUCAAAAAAUGACCUCUUUAAAUUAUCACCCAGAGAACAUUUCCUUUCAGAAAAGGUGCUAUACUUGAUAAUUGGAAUAAGCUUUCUGGUAGAAAAAGUGUUUACACCAAAAAAAAAAAUAAUCACCAUUGUAAAACCAAUACAUUUCUCGCUCCGCUAAGAAUCUAAAACUCAACACAAAAAGUUAAAAUUUUUAUAAUGGAUUUACGGAUUGCUUUCUAAUAAAAACAAAUUACAACCAAAAUAUGUAAAACUCUAUAUUAUUCGAGUUAAAUGUCUGUUAAAACUCAAAUCGUGCAAAUCUUGGUGACUUUUCAUUCAUUCAUCCUGGUCUUUCUUGGCCGUUAUUACCUUCUACGUAAUGAAAUACCCAUCGUAAUUAAUUAUUCUUUAUAUGUAUUUUUUUUAAUAAUAAUAAUAACUUUAUUGCAACAAUAAAAUAUCUAUAUAUUAUUUUACAAAAUAUUUUUUUAAUUUUUGCAUUAUUCCCUAUGAGCUAUAUGCUUGUGUUGAGAAAGCUGUUCUUAUAGAGAGCGUUUUAUUUAUUUAUAAAAGAUAUUAAAUUAAUAAAACAGAAAAAAAACAAAUUUUAUAAUAAAUUGUAUACUUACAUAAUAAAUAACAAAAGAUAUCGUAUAUAAAUAUAAUGAAAAUUACAUUACAUUUGAAAUUCUGAGUGUAGCGAAAAAUAUAUCGGUUUUACAAAGAUAUUUCUUUUUUAGAUUUCGAGUAGAGCGAAGAAGCUUAUGGUUUUAUAAAGAUAAUUAUUAUUUUUUUAUCUGUGCACAACUUUUCUACCAAAAGACUUGCUCGGAUUUCUAUGUAUAGCGUUUUUUCUGAAAAGAAAUCGGCGUGAAGAAGUAUUAAAGGGAGAUUAUUUUUCGAUUUUCUCGAGUUUUCUCAUAAAAUACAAAAAACGGGAAAAUUUACGAAUGAUAAUAAAUAUAAUUUACGAUUUUAUUAAAAAAAUUACAUAAAGCCUAUUUAAUUAUUUUACUACAAAAUUACAUAUAUAUUGUUGAUACUAUCAACUGAACUCCGCUCAGAAUCGUUUUUUCGUAAGCAAUGGUUUAUCGUAGCUUACAGAUAUACAUUAAACUCCCAUCUAUAUCCUAUCUUCCCAAUUUCCCACUUACACCAGUGACUGCACCCUUCCCAAUUAUUUUAUCUUUUUUUUUUAUACUGUGUACAAAAAUUCUACGUGCGAUACCAUUUCUGAAAGGAAAUAUUGUCCAGAUAGUACUUUUGGGAGGUCAUUUUUUAAUUUUUCAAGCGGUUUUCAUAAUAUCAACGAAAAACCAGAAUAAAAUGUAAGAAAACGAUAAAUUUACGAAAUUAUGCUUUUAUUAUUAUUCCAAUAUUGUUAUUUGUUGUAAGUCAGUUUAAAUUAUUUGUAGAGACUUGAAAUUUGGGUGAAAAAUUUAGAUUUGCCUUUUCUAGACAUGGUUAAACAUUUGAGCCAUUUCUAGGCUUUUUAAACAACAUAUUUUUGUUGAAAUUCAGCUAAAAAUAUUCGUAUCAAUUUUAUGAACUUAAAUAGAUAUAAAUUAAUUUACCCUUUAUGUCCUAAAUUUCCAACUUUUUACCAACAAUAGUGACUGCACCCAUUGUGCGGAAUAUGUCCGUCUUUUUUAAAAUUUGUUUAAUUGAUUUUAAAUGAACGACAUACAUUUAGACCUAAUAAGACCUGAUUCAGACCUUCUAAUACACUUUAUUGUAAUUACUUUAGUAAGAUUGGGUAAAAGUAUAUUAACAUUUUGUUUGUAUCUGGUGUUGUGCUCAUAAUCUAACCGAGGAAUUAAAUUUGUAUGUUUAUACAAAUCAACUAGAACCGAUAAAUUAUAAAUAAACCUGAAAUCCUUUACUUUUUAAAUCAAUAAAGUGCUAAUUUUUAUUGGUAGAUUUAGUUAAAAUUGUAUUAUACCAUUAAUAGUAAUAAUAGGUUUUGAUAAAAUAUUUUUAAAAACACUUCCCCAAAUAGAUAUACCAAAUAUAAAUAAACUGACUGUAAUAUAAUGUAAUAUAAAUUGUUCUUUUAUACGCAUUGUUGAUAUAUAUCUAUAUAUAUCUAUAUAUAUGCAUCUUUAAAAAAGUAGAACAAUGUAUGUAAAAUAUUAUUGAUGUAGUUAAUAUGGCUGUCCCAUUUGGACCUAGGCCUAGGUAUUUUACUUCUUUCACCUUAUCGAUAAUAAUACAUUUCGGUCCACAAGUUAUAUUUGUUUGAUUCGUCUCUAUUUUCAAGUAUGGACCGCUUAUAGAAUUUUUUUUUGUUAUUUUAUUACAGUCAUAUAUCCGGUAUAACGUUACUUGGAAUACCGUCCGAAGUCUACAGCUACGGGACCCAGUUGUUGAUUUUGGGCUUGCCAAAUGCCAUAGCCCUCGUCGCGAUAAUUUACGUAUACUUGCCAGUAUUUUACGAACUCCAGUUGACGUCGGUUUACGAGGUAUAGACAAUGCUGCAGUUUCUUUUGAGUUGUAUUAUGAUCAUUUGACCAAUUAUUGAAUUUCAGUAUUUGGAAUACCGAUUCGAUGCAAACAUUCGAGGAUUGUCGUCGUUGAUAUUUGCCAUAUCUCUAAUACUGUAUAUACCGGUAGUGAUUUAUAUACCAGCGUUAGCGUUCAACCAAAGUAAGGUUUUAAAUGAAAAAAAAAAAUAAAAAAUAAAAAAUAAAAAACUAGGGAUUUUGAAAAUUAUCAAACACAUUUUUCCCAAAUUUUAUAGGUCGAACUGAGCAAUAGAGUUGAGCUGACCAGUUCAAAAAGAUUUGGUUUAGGCGUUUUGGCGCAAAAUCAAUCGUAUCUUACUAAUAACCAAGUGUUAUUAUUAUGGUUAUACUAUAUUAGUAAAAUCACCAUGUGAUUAUCCACAGCUUAAUGCUUAGUAAAAUAAUGUGUCAACGAGUAUAUAAUACUUCUUUUCAAAACGGCAUAAAAUAAUAAAUAAUUUUGCUUUAUCAUAGUGAUAGGGUUUAGCCGGUUUAGAACAAAAUAUGGACGUGGCAGGUUUGACACGAAGAACAUUUGCAAUAUUUUCAUAGUAUUAUUACAGAGAAAUUGAUUUCAACUAUAUAAUUAAUAAUUAAUAAUUAAUAACUAUAUAAUUAGAUUGGUUUGAAGAAAAUUACGUAGGACAUUUAAUAGAAGUAGAAGAGGGUGACGUUUCCACGUACGUUUUGCUAAAUUAAAUUAAAAUUAAAUUACAAAGAGUUUUUCUAUUUGAAUUUAUUUAAUCGUAUUAUUAUCAUUUUAUUUAUUUUUUUAGCGGCCAAAUGAUCCUCGUAUCAAGCUGACCGCGUUCGUUUGUCCUAGACCCGCAGUUAUAGAUAAUAAUCUAACCAAUAAAUUUAGUAAGUCUGAUAAGACAUAGUUGAUUCUGCGUCAAAAACCAGAUAUAAAAAAUAAGGAUGUACUACGCACGAUGAGUGGGAACUGUUGUAGAUGAGAAGUUGGGAAGGUAGAAUACAGAGGGGAAUUUAAUAUAUUUAUAUAUUUGUGUAUGCAAUGAUUUAUCAUUGUUAACGAAAAGCGCUUAUGAGCGGAGUUCGAUUAUACAUAUUUUGAAAGGCCAUAAUAUGUAUGAUUUUAAAAUAAUAAAUUUCAUACAUUUUCUCGUUUUUCUUAAAUUUUUCCGGAUUUUUUCCAUUUAUUAUGAAAACUCUUGGGAAAAUCAAAAAAUUACUCCUUUAAAGUACCACGCCAGGAAAAUUUCCUUUUAGAAAAAGUGCUAUACUUAUUGAUACAUCGGAACAAGGUUUCUAGUAGAAUUUUUCUACAGACUAUAAAAAAAAAAACACAUCAUUGUAAAACCAAUACAUUCUUGGCUUCGCUCAGAAUCUAAAAAAUAUCAAGCUAAUAUUUUUCUAUUUGUCGAUGUUUAAAAUAUUAUAAUUUGCGAAGGUUAAUAAGAAGUCAGAACAAAAACUAAUAUAAUUUCCGUUUUCAUCGUGAUUAAUGAUAAUACUUUUUUUUUUUCGCAAUAAGAUUCGUACUCAUAUUUUAUCAACAAUUUCUUAUUUUUGUUUAAAAAAAAACCCAACACAAUAUUAUACAACUGAACAAUGAAAUUUAACCUUUUAUUUAUAAUAUAAUCUCAUUAAAAAAAUAUCGCAUACUCUAUAAGUUCAUACUUAUUUUUUGGUCACUUUACAGUUACAGGGUUAGACAUACAUCUAGUGACUAUAAUCAUGUGCGCGAUAUGUAUAGUUUACACGACGGUUGUGAGUAUAAUUUGAACAAAAGCUAUUGGUCUCGAUUUUAAUAAAAUAUAUUAUAAUAUAUUUGUACGUAUUUUUUAGGGCGGAUUAAAAGCGGUUGUGUGGACCGACGCGAUCCAGAGCGUGAUUACUGCUAUUUCGGUAGUUAUAGUGACCGUAUUGGGAUUGAUAGAAGUCGGCGGGAUUGGUAACACGAUUAGAGAUAACCAAGAAAACGGCAGAUUAGAAUUUUUCAAGUAAAUUAUUACGUAAAAGGCAUUUAAUAUUUUAAUCACAAUUAAGAUUUCACUUGUAUUAUAUUUGUAUAGGGAUCGAAAUGCCGCAAAUAAAGAUAGCGGGAAAUUAGUUUUUAUGUGAAACAAAUUUUCCAAAGUAAUGCCUUCCGGUAAACGACGCCCCUUCCCCUCAAAUAAAUUUUUCAUAAAAAUUUGGCGGAGUUCAAAAAGGGUUUUUGCCGUUGGGUAGUAUUAUUUUCGGAAAAUGUUUACUUUUUUUCUUCGGAAAUUUCGAUCCCAAUUAUUUUUUAUUAUAGAACACAACACAGCUGAUCGGGAAACGAUUUUAUUAAUAUGAUGUUUUAGAAUGGACCCGGAUCCGUUUUUGAGAAAUACGUUUUGGACCAUCAACGUGGGCACUAUAUUCGGCACGAUCACAAUGUUCGGUAUUCAUCCGGGAACGGUUCAACGGUUCGUAUCGUUGCCCACUCACGAUAAAGCCCGGAAAUCAUUGAUUUACUUUUUAAUCGGAGCUUCCUCGGUAAUGACAGUGACCGGUAUCAUCGGAAUGAUAAUCUAUUCAAUGUACAAAGACUGCGAUCCCGUCAAGGCAAACGUAAACAUUUGUCAUUUAUAAUAUAGCGUUUUCCAUCUGACUAUUACACUCGUGUACAACACUACACGUGGUCGUCACACAACGAGUGUAUCUGGUAUAAUAUGAACUGGAACGAGGACCAUUAUUAUGCGUGUAAUAUUAUUCAUCGGUAGAACACGAUCGCGCAUGUUUUUCGAUUGAUUAAAGAAUACUUAAAAAAACAAUAAAAUCAACACGAUUGCGUACAAAUUCGCGUGCAACGUUGUCAAAUGUAUAUACUAUAUACUCAAUAAUAAUUCAGGCACAAUAAUUUUAUCUGAACUUUAGAAUAUUGUUACUAAUAAAAUAAUUAAUUAAUUAAAUCAUAGUUAAAAGAUUAAUUAUUUUAAAAUACCUAAAUUUUUAAUUUCUGAACAUUUAUAAAAUUGUACUUUCAAAUAUUGCAAUAUAUUUGUAUGGAUUUUGUACACAUCAUAAGCCUUUACAAUAUUAUAAAUUCGAAUAAAAUACUAUUUUGCCAUUUUAUUUAUUUUCUCGUUGUUAAUUAAUUAUAUAAUCGGUCUGGUCUAUUAAAAUUUAAAAGCAAUAACUAUUUCCACUACCUACUAAACGUCGAUAAAAAUAUAUACACACGUGUGCCGAUCAACGACGAACUAAAGAGCAGAAAAUACCUAUAUAUUUGAAAUAAUGAAAUUUCCAGCAUAUUACGAUGCAUUUGAUAAUGCGUUUAUAUCGUUAACAAUAAACAUUCAUGGAAAAACGAAAAGUAUUUAUACAUUUUUUCUAGUUUACUCGUGUAGUAUAUACCGCCAUGAAAAUUGGCAGCAACGCUUAAAAUUUCGUACUUAAUCGUGUAACCGAAAAUCAGGUAACGUCGUACGCAAUCGUGUAGCUUAAAAAGGUAUCGCCGAUAACGAACGUAUGCAAAGAAUGUACAACAGUAAUCGUGCAUUAUCGUAUUGAUCACCAGGUCACGUACAAAACGAGUUGACACGACUAAGCCUCCAUAUUAUGAUAGAAUUUGCAUUAAAUACUAUAUCGAUUAUGGCAGAUGAAGGAGGCGAUGAAGACGGCAAUAAGUCUGAUGGAAAACGCUAUUGAAAAUCACCGGAGUUAUAAUUACUGGCGGUUUUACUGAAUUUGUUGCAUUAUUUCAGUAUGUCAAAAGCGAUGGAAACAUACUACCGUAUUAUAUUAUGGACGUGGCCGCAAAAUAUCCCGGACUCACUGGGCUUUUCAUUUCCGGUAUUGUAAACGCUGCACUUAGGUGAAUAAAUAUAUUCGUGAAAUAUUGUUACUUAGGUGUUUUUGAUUCGAAAACGAAACAAUUCCGAAAAAAGAAAACGGUAUUUUUCCCCUAGUAUCGCGAAAAAAAUGAAAACAUUGGAGCGUUUAAAAAUAAAUAAAUACAAUUUUAAAUAAAUUUACACGAUACAGGUAGUCUACUGUUGUAUGUAGGUAAUCGAGAAAGUAGGAUAUAUAUAUAUAUAUGGUUGUCCCAGAAGUAAUCUAGAAAUCAAUAAAAAAUGAACUAGAGUAGUUGCUGAAAACGUCAAAAACUACUUUUAAAUAAAGUAGCAUAAAAAAAAUCAACAUGCUUUGAGGCUUGCAAAAAUCAGAUUGCUUUUAAUUACCAAUAAAGUGCAUGUUUUUUGAGAAAGAACAAAACUUAUACUUGUAAAACAAAUAGCUUCUUCGUUAGUCACAAUAAUAAUAAAAAAAAAAGAUCACGAUUGUUCAGGAAAAAACCAAUUUUCAAGGUUUUUUCUUAAACAUUUAUUUUAUUUUUUUUUUCGAAUAUUUUUAUCUCUUUAUUAAAAUUUCGGUGUAUUCAUUUUUCAGUACAAUGUCCGCGCAACUUAAUACGGUGUCUGGCACGAUAUAUGAAGAUUUCGUCGUGAAAAUGACGACUGUAAGAGUUUCAGAUUCAACGGCGAGUAUUAUCAUGAAAUCCACAGUCGUAAUAAUCGGAUGUAUAUGCGUGGGUUUAGUAUUUAUAGUCGAAAAAUUAAAGGGAAUCUUGCAAGUAAGAUAUAAAACCAUGAUUGCAGAAUUUUGUGCAAUAACUGAAAAGUUCCAUUUUUCGGGGAUAUUCAUGUUUGGUUUAUUUUUAAUCGAGAAAAUUGUCCGCGAAAAAACGAGACAAUCUUAUUGUGCGUAUAUAGACUGCAUUUUUUAACCACGAUUAAACAAAAUUCUAGAUAAUUCUAGUCAAAAAAACAUGGAAACUAGCUCUCAUUUUGGAAGAAACGGUAAAAACUAAAUUUAAUAAAAUGUGUCUAUAAUGAAGAUAAAUUAAUUAUGUAGUCUAUUGUAUAGUUAUAGGAACACCAUACUUUUAAAACAUAUUUUUUUUAUUGUUUACGUGAUAAGUUUUGAAAAAUGGAGCUUUUUGGUUAUUUUAUAAAGCGACAUAGCAACAAAACCCACCAUUUUAAAGAAUAUAAUUAGUAUCGAUCUGUUUAGAUGGCGAUAAGUUUGGGCGGAGUAACGAACGGCGCGAUUAUGAGCGUAUUUACACUGGGGAUAUGUUUUCCCCGGGCAAAUACUAGAGUAAAAUGAUUUUUUAUUUUUUUUAUAUAUUUAUAUACUCUCAAUAUAAAAAACAUUUUUAUAAGAAAUUUUGAAUAUUUUUGGACGAAAAUUGAAUUCUGUUUCUUUUUUUUACACAUAGGGAGCAAUGUGCGGAAUGUUAGCUAGUUUGGGAAUAAUGACUUGGAUUGUUGCCGCUGCUCAAAACGCUAUUAUCAACAACGAAUUGAAGUUUGUUCAAAAGGACAUUUCGGUCGUCGGAUGUCCGGCCAAUACAACAUUCAAAAAUCAAACCGAUUAUUCCGGGUAAUUGAAAUAAAAAAAUGUCUAAAAUCCGUCUCAUUUGGCAUCUCAUAAUAUUCUUUACUGCGAUCUAGUUAAAAUUUCGUUUUUGAUUUUAAUCAAUUUGUUUAAAGUUAGAACAUAUUAUAUACAAUGCGGUUUUGUUUUAAGAUUGUAUCGUAUGAACGAAGAUGUGUACGUGAGUCCGGAUGUUUGGAAAAUCUAUACGGUUUCGUAUAUGCACUACAACACCCUGGGUUCACUCAUUGGAAUAACGAUCGGAUUAGUCGUCAGUUAUUUGUUUCCAACGGACCGGAAAAUCGAUUCAAAACUAUUGGCACCCUGCAUCCGGAAGUUCGUGUAUUCCGAGCGCAGCGAGCAGAAAAAGUUUAAUCGUAAAGCAUCUAUGACCGACGGAAAUCCGGUUGUUCAGGAUUCAAAAUUAUGA